CGCGAAAACUACAUUUCCCAUAGUACUUCGCGUUCGAGCAUCAUGGAGUUACUGGUGGUCCAUCUGGAAAAGAGGAUCCGAGAUCACCUGGAAAAUCUGGGCUUUGAGAUUUAUCCAUUUAAGGUAGGAUGGUACAAUGAGGUCCUUCCUCCAGGUUUGCAUUUGCAGUACUCUGAUAAUACUCUGGCGUUUGUAGUACUUAGCAUUCCUGCCAUGUUUGACAAGGCAUUCAAACCCUUCCUGAAGAAACAGCUGCUGAAGAAGAUUCAUGAUCCAGUGGAUCAAUGCAUUUCUUAUCACCUCUUGCUGGUUAGGGAGAGUCUUGCUGACCAGCAGGUGGAUAUCAUGUAUGAUUAUGAGAUCCUGCCUAACCGGAAGCCCAAAUUCCUGGCCCAAACAGCAGCACAUGUGGCUGGUGCUGCAUACUUCUACCAGAGAAAAGAUGUACAUCAAGAUUCCUGGGGAGAAAAAAAGAUCUAUGGUGUUUGCAUUCACCCCUCUUAUGGAGGUUGGUUUGCAAUCCGGGGUCUUCUGCUUUUCCCAGAUAUCAAGGUGCCCUUCUUGCUGCAGAAAAGCCCUAUUGAUUGUGUGCCAACAGAAGAAAAAAGAAUAGAGCUGCUGGAGAAAUUCAAUUUCCACUGGCAAGACUGGAGCUAUCGGGAUAUUAUUGAAGUGAAAGAUAAAUACUCAGAAGAACAGAAAACCUACUUUGCAACUCCUCCAGCUGAGCGGUUAAAAUUGCUGAAAUUGCAAGAAGAAUUGCAGAGAAAUGUAAUACUCUAAGUAGCUAGUUUCACUGUACAAAAAGAUACAAAACACAUUCUGCUGUGCCCUUUGCUAUAGGGACAGAAUUGAUGGCUGGUGAACCCAAGAUGGAAGGCAGGCACACUUUGCAUGGAGUAAGUGAACACAGAAGGGACUUGCUUUCAAAUAAACACAGAAUUGUAUUAUGGAAUUAAUAACACUAAAUGCCUGUAGAUUCAGGCAUAGAAAUGUGUAAGUUAAAUUUUAUUUUAUUAGUAAUCAGGGGUAGGGGGAAUUAGAACGAUUCUUUGGCAGCAGGGGUAAAAUCAUAGGCUGUUUGUUGUAUGCUCAGGAGAAACGUAUUUGUAAAUUGCACUUUUUGCUAUCCUGGGAGAGAGAUUCUCCAGACAGCAAAUGUUUUGAAGCGUACUGCCUAGUCUUCCAGAGUAUAAAGUUAUUUCUGGUACGAUA